ACUUGCUUUGGAUUUGCGCCAUUAGGUUAACAUUGUCGGUCUAGUAGCUUUCCACUAACCAAAGUAAGCUGUCUCCUCAGAGGCCUCGUUGAUACGCAACAAUGCCCUCAAAAGACACAGAGAAAAUAUAAACCAUAAACAUAAACGAUAGACCCUCUCUCCCCAACACCAAAGUUACAUCCCAAUCGAGACCUCUGUUCCCUCUCUGAGGCAUUUUCACAAACCCACUUGGUGCCUUGGUGGUGUGCAUAAAACAGUGACACCCACUAGACCCGAGAGGCUUUCUUUACUGUUUUGAUUAUGAGAGAGUGAAUCAAAACGGGGGAAGAAUGGAUGCAGCAGAGCUGGAGCUGGAGAGGCGGAGCAAGUUCUUGAGUAGUUUGAUUCAGAAGAAGAAGGCGGUGGAGCAGCAAGACCACCAUGACAUGCUCAAUGUGAGAGUUAGGGCGUCUGAUAUGCCAGUCGCUUUGCAAAACCGAGCUUUUCGGUGCGCGAGGGAUCAUCUUGACUCCAUGCCUGGGAAGCUCGACAGUAAACGGCUUGCUUUGGCACUUAAGAAGGAUUUUGAUUCAUCAUAUGGCCCAGCUUGGCAUUGCAUUGUCGGAACUAGCUUUGGUUCAUAUGUCACACAUUCUACUGGGGGAUUCUUGUAUUUUUCGAUCGACAAGGUUUACGUCCUUCUAUUUAAAACAGCUGUUGAGCCUUUGGACCAUUGAUAGUUCCAACAAUUUUGGUUCUUUGCUUGUUUGUGUGAUGAUGACAUUGUAAUUUGCCACUGCCAAUUCUAUAUGUAAAAUUACAGAUGAAAUAACUAUUAUUAUCCUUGUUCC